AAUGUAAACAUGCUGACCUUGUUAUACUUACUACUACUACAUGCGAUCAACAGUCUCUAAAAUGUUGCGCAGCCAAGCAAAACUGUUGGAUUUUGGCAGGCGCCAAUGGACGGUAUCCUGCUUAAGCAGGUUUCUGUCACAGGAUUCUAAACUAACAUUGGUUGAAGUAGACGAUGAGACAGGUAUUACGACACUAACAAUGAACAGGCCGCCAGUAAACAGCUGUAACUUGGAAUUGCUGCAAGAUUUAAAAGAGUCAAUUAAGCAGAUUGAAUGUAAUAAGAGCCGUGGACUUAUUUUGACAUCGUCUAAUGAUAGAGUUUUCUCCUCCGGCCUGGACCUUAAUGAAAUGCAUAAACCGAAUCAGGAGCGAUUAGUGGCAUUCUGGAGAACACUUCAGGAAAUGUGGCUAUCUUUAUACCUAUGCAGUGUACCUACAGCAGCGGCCAUAAAUGGUCAUGCACUGGCUGUUGGUUGUGUGCUGUCUGCCGCAUGUGAGUAUCGUGUAAUGUUACCUGGCUUUAAUAUUGGCAUCCAUGCUACCAAAUUUGGUUAUGUGGUGCCGCCAUUUAUUGUCAACAGUUAUCUGAGCGUAUUGCCCAGAUUUAUCGUUGAGCGGGCGCUUCUUCAGGGAAAGCUUUUUACUACAGAAGAAGCAUUACAAGUACAACUUAUUGAUGAAGUGGCAAACAGCAAAAAUGAGGCUAUAUCUAAAUGUGCUGACUUUAUUACCAGCUUUGCGGGAACGAAUCCUGAGGCGAGAGCCCUUACCAAGCGACAGUUUCGUGACCAAGAUGUGCAACUAUUGAUAGACGAUCCGGAAGGUCAACUACACGAAUGCUUGGAGUAUAUAAAUUCUCCAUUUAUGCAGGAUAACUUGGACGGAUAUCUUGCGAAGCUAAAAAGCAAGAAUAAAAAGUGAAAUCUAGUCCUGACGUAUAUUUUUAGAAACUGCAUUUACUGUGCUAAUCACAGCUUUUAAAAAGGGAUGGGGUUUUGUUAUUAAAUGUAUAGGGUAUUUGUAAAAGAUAGUCAAAUGGUUUUUUUUGUAUACUUUAUUAAUUAAUAAGACAUUG